GGGCGGGGCCGCGGAGGAGCCGGUGGCGGCGGAGGACGCCCCCGGGGCCGCGACUCGCUCCCCUCGGGGUCUCUGGCGGACCUCGCCAAGGUACCGGCGGCCCGAGGGCUUUCGCACGCAGCCAUGGGCGGCGUCGGGGAGCCCGGCGAGGGACCCGCGCAGCCGGGGGCGCCGCUGCCCACCUUCCGCUGGGAGCAGAUCCGCCAGCACAACCUGCCGGGCGACAAGUGGCUGGUCAUCGAGCGUCGCGUCUACGACAUCAGCCGCUGGGCACAGCGGCACCCGGGGGGCAGCCGCCUCAUUGGCCACCACGGCGCGGAGGACGCCACGGAUGCCUUCCACGCCUUCCACCAGGACCUCAAUUUCGUGCGCAAGUUCCUGCAGCCCCUGCUGAUUGGAGAGCUGGCCCCGGAGGAGCCCAGUCAGGAUGGACCCCAGGACGCCCAGCUGGUCGAGGACUUCCGCGCCCUGCGCCAGGCGGCUGAGGACAUGAAGCUGUUUGAGGCCAAGCCCGCCUUCUUCGCUCUCCUGCUGGGCCACAUCCUGGCCAUGGAGGUGCUCGCUUGGCUCCUCAUCUACCUCUUCGGCCCGGGCUGGGUGCCCAGCACCCUUGCCGCCCUUGUCUUGGCCACCUCCCAGGCUCAGUGCUGGUGUCUGCAGCAUGACCUGGGCCAUACCUCGGUCUUCAGGAAGUCCCAGUGGAACCACGUGGCCCAGCAGUUUGUGAUGGGGCAGCUGAAGGGCUUCUCAGCCCACUGGUGGAACUUCCGCCAUUUCCAGCACCACGCCAAGCCCAACAUCUUCCACAAAGACCCAGACGUGACCGUGGCACCCAUCUUCCUCCUGGGGGAGUCGUCCAUUGAGUACGGCAAGAAGAAGCGUCGCUACUUACCCUACAACCACCAGCAUCUGUACUUCUUCCUGAUCGGCCCACCGCUGCUCACGCUGGUGAACUUUGAAGUGGAAAAUCUGGCCUACAUGCUGGUGUGCAUGCAGUGGGCGGACUUGCUCUGGGCCGCCAGCUUCUACUCGCGCUUCUUCCUGUGCUACAGUCCCUUCUAUGGCCUCCCUGGGGCCCUGCUCCUCUUUGUCGCUGUCAGGGUCCUGGAGAGUCACUGGUUCGUGUGGAUCACGCAGAUGAACCACAUCCCCAAGGAGAUCGGCCACGAGAAGCACCGGGACUGGGCCAGCUCUCAGCUGGCAGCCACCUGCAACGUGGAACCCUCGCUCUUCACUGACUGGUUCAGCGGGCACCUCAACUUCCAGAUUGAGCACCACCUCUUCCCCACGAUGCCAAGGCACAACUACCGCAGGGUGGCCCCGCUGGUCAAGGCCCUGUGUGCCAAGCAUGGCCUCAACUACGAAGUGAAGCCCUUCCUCACCGCCCUGGUGGACAUCAUUGGAUCCCUGAAGAAGUCUGGCGACGUCUGGCUGGAAGCCUACCUCCACCAGAGGUCUCUUCCGGAGUCCUGGAACAAAAACCUAGGCAGUGUGGGCCAGGGGUGUAAAAGGAGAGAAGGACGGGCCUUGGCGGAGCCUCCAAGAAACCCCCGAUCCCUGCUUGAUGGUCUGCACAUAGUCUUGGGCGCAGAGGAAAAGCAGAAAGGCUGUGGGCAGCCAGGACUUGCUGAUUUGUUCCUUCAGUCAACCAGCAUUUACGGAGUCUCCCGUGGUCAGCCCGGGCAGAUGGUGGGAAAGGAGAUUCACAAGAACCAGACCUGCCGGUGUCAGACCAGGGGCUUUGUGAGAAGCUGCAUCCUGUCCAGAGUGACGCACCUCUCCAGGGACGUUGCAGCUAGGACAGCUGAGGAGUCCUGAUUGGCCCAAGGCACUAUCUCCUGAGCAGUGAUCGGUGACUCCCAAAGGCAAUUGGAGCCCAGGGCUGCCACCUCCACCCUGCCCCUUGUCACCAAAGGCCUCCUCUCUCCUCCCAACGGACCAAGAGGGUUUCUGAGUGGCCCACCGGACGCCUAAGGAACUUGCCAGGGCACUGACCACCGCUGCGGCUCCAGGUCCACGCACAGCCCAGGCUGCUGGGCCAGCCCCUCCUCGGGGCCCAGCGCCCUGCACGUGCCCAGGCCACCCACCAAGCUGAGCAGGCUCUCAGCCCCCCAGGGACUCCUUCCACCAUCUCUGCCCCCUUUGGCCAGCUGCUGGGCCUCUUGGGAGUGGUCUGACAUUUGACAUGAUGGUGUUGGGGGACGUCUUGUUCUGGGAAACAGCCCUUGCCUUGAGGGAGUGGAGGGGAUGGCCAGGCAGAGUGCGGGGUGAGGAGCAGGGAUCCAGCUGCUGCCACCAUGUGGCCCCUGGCCAGUUCUUGCCCUUCUGGUCCCAGCCUCCACCGAGAAUGGAAGCUUCGGGUCUUGUGAUCACUCAGGACCACCCAUGUCAGGGACUCAUGACUUUGGGAUGGGGCGCGAGGGUGGGGAAACCCAUGACUCUGUGUUGGGCAAGAGCCUCCACAGAGUUUGGGGACAGGAGAAACAAUUAAGCAGAGAGCAGGUAUGGGUGUCCCCAACUUCGUGCCGCCAGGGUAAGAAUACUUGAGCACAAAGACGGUGUGGGGGGAAAAAGCCACAGCGAGGGGCGCCUGGGUGGCUCAGUCGUUAAGCGUCUGCCUUCGGCUCAGGUCGUGAUCUCAGGGUCCUGGGAUC